AUGUGGUCUCCGUCUCCCAGACUGCCCGGCGGGAGAAAGAACAGAAUAUGCCUGUGGGCGACGUUCCUAGUUAUGAUCAUUUUUGGCUUGUUAUUUCUAAUUCUGGGGCUCACAGUUUUCAAGGUGAAGCGUCCUAUGAUGACUGUCCAUUCCGUUGCUCUACAGGACCUGGACUUUUCACUGGACAUAGCUAGAGUGAGAUUGGUGUUCAACUUAACCCUUGAUGUAGGCAUCUCCAUCAAGAACCCCAACAUGGUGGGCUUCAAGUACACAAACAGCACUGCGUUCCUGAGGUACAGAGGCAACGACGUCGGCCAGGUCCCCAUAACCGCUGGCAAAAUUGGCGCCCGCCACACCCGUUCUUUCAACUUUACCCUCAGCUUAAUGGCCGAUCGCCUCCUCGCAAACUCCACUUUCUAUUCCGACGUCAGCUCUGGUACGGUGCCUUUUCAAAAUUACAUAAGAGUUGCUGGCAAAGUGCGCAUACUCUUUUUUAGUAUUCACGUCGUCAGCUACACCACUUGCGAUCUGGAUAUCCAUCCUGCCUAUCGGAAUCUUUCCCAACCCAAAUGUCACUACAAGACGAAACUAUGA